AUGAAUUUAAGAAAUCGGGGUAGCACUGGUGUCAGUGCUCAUGCUGGCACCAAUAAAGAGGCCAGGGACCGAAAUGUCCUGCGCCACGCUCCCCAAGCGGAGUCUCCGUUGUUACCGCCAUCCAGAGAGUUGGACCGGUUGGCCGGCACGACUACCGAACGGGAUCGAAUCCCGUUGUUCGAUUGCAGGAAGAUUUGUCCGCCUGAUUCCAGCACGGAAACUAUCCGUGCUGAGAACGAAUUCUUCACCGAUGCGUUCUUCGAACAUCGGUGGUACAAUGGUAGCCGUGUUCGAGACGGCAAAGCCUUGGUGCAGGGAUGGAAUACCCUCAUCCACAUCAUCGAUUGCAUUGGCCGUGAGGUCUGGCUUGCCAAACUUGAUGCAGCUCUCGUCAGGUUUGAGAAACGCAACCCCGUCGGGGCGCGAUACAAGUUGCACCGGCUGUCAAGAGAGGCAGGAUUACCCUGUCUCUCGUGGGGUGAUUCGCGUCCGAGUUUCCUGGACAACUCGAAAUGCUCCCCUAGGAAGGCCUUCCUCCCUAAUGAUAUUUACUGGAGGGCGCGCAUCUCUUUCGAGAUGGCCGAAGAGAUUGACACUUUGCAAUCCCUGUACUCGCGUUCGAGGAGGUCAUAUUCCGACGGUCCUUCUUCAAACACAGCGGGUGUGUCUCGUCGUACUGCUCGACGAAACCAAGGACAUCAACAAUCAGCUGGGCACGAGGCUCCCAGCUGUCCCACGCCGGUGGAUAGCCACGCCAGUGGACGAGGUAGCUCGUCCGAACGCCAUUCACAUUGCGAUUGUUCACAAUACGCUCCACUAGGAAGCGUUGACCGCCGCUUGAGUCCACCAAUGGAUGUGGUGGCGGCGGGGACACCUGAUACGGCUCGAAGGUCGGACCAACUUGAUGUUCAAGAGCUGAACCGUGUUACGGAACAGUUGCAAGAUGACCUGGAUCAUGAACGGACUCGGCGUUAUGGGCUUGAGGAUCUUUUAAGUGAUAAUUAUAAUUCCCUAACGCACGAUCGUUCGGACGAUCGUGCCGCUUUGCGUUCGCGCAACUUGAGAAGGAACGUUUGA